AUGCUCCCAGAGAGGUCAUGCCAUGUUUGUGUUCUCUUCACUGAAGCUCUGGACAUCGAUCACCUGAACCUGGAGUGUGACUUCAACAACUGUGACCAUCGCACUGAUCUCAACGGGGUGGACCGGCUCAUCGUGAGGCGAGGCCAGACGUUCACCAUCAGCUUAUAUCUUCGAUCUGGGAGCUUCCAGCUGGGCGUCAGCUCACUUGACUGCAUAGCAGAAACAGGUCCUCAGCCCUCUGAGCAGUAUGGCACCAGGGCCCGCUUCGGUCUGUCUUCUACCAUUGACACGUCCUGCUGGAGCGCCGCCGUAAUCAGUCCCGCCGGGGACAUGGUAGCCCUGUCCAUCUGCUCUGCUCCCAAUGCUCCCAUUGGCCGCUACACACUCACCCUGGGGCAGUCGGCAAGCAUUGAGUUCAUUCUGCUCUUUAACCCCUGGUGUCCAGGGGAUGCAGUAUACAUGGACAAUGAGCAGAGUUUGGCAGAGUACGUCUUGUCUCAGGAUGGAAUCAUAUUUCGGGGCAACUACAAACGCCCCAUUCCCACUCCCUGGAAUUUUGGCCAGUUUGAAAGUGGAAUCCUGGAUAUUUGUCUGAGAAUUCUGGAUACAAACCCCAAAUGUCUGCGUAAUCCUGGCAAAGACUGCUCGGGGAGAAGAAAUCCCAUCUACGUGUCCCGGGUGCUGAGUGCCAUGGUGAACUGUAAUGACGACAAAGGGGUGUUGCUGGGAAAAUGGCAAGGCAGUUAUGAUGGAGGAGUGAGUCCGUUGUUUUGGCGGGGCAGUGUUGAAAUUCUGCGUAACUGGGACAGAGAAGCGUGUCAGCCUGUUCGCUAUGGACAGUGCUGGGUGUUUGCUGCAGUGGCCUGCUCAGUUUCCAGAGCCCUGGGCAUCCCCUGUCGAGUCAUAACCAACUACCUGUCUGCACACGACACUAACAGCAACCUGGUGAUUGAGCGCUACGUCAAUGAAAACGGGGAACUCAUUCAGUCCAAAGAAAUGAUCUGGAAUUAUCACUGCUGGGUGGAGAGCUGGAUGACAAGGCCUGAUCUCAAACCUGAGUUUAACGGCUGGCAGGCCAGUGACCCCACGCCCCAGGAGAAGAGUGAAGGUGUUUACUGCUGCGGACCCGUUCCCCUCAAGGCCAUCAAGGAAGGCGAGCUCACCUUCAACUACGACGCCCCGUUUGUGUUUGCUGAAGUCAAUGCCGACGUUGUCACUUUCAUGAAGAAAAAAGACGGCAGCACUUCAAACGUCACUACAUCGACUGUGGUGGGUCAGAAGAUCAGCACCAAGAGCGUCGGCAGUGACGCCAAAGAAGACAUCACUCAUCUCUACAAGUACCCUGAAGGUUCGGCUGAAGAGCGGGAGGCUUUCAAAAAGGCCAACCACCAAAACAAGCUGCUGCAGGAGACUCCAGAUCCAGGCCUCCACCUCAGCAUCAAAGUGACGUCAGACAUGAAGAAGGGCUGCGACUUCGAUGUGUUUGCUGUUGUGGCUAACGGCACAGACCGUGAGAAGAAGUGCCGCCUGGUGUUUGGCUCCUGCGUUGUGUCCUACAGCGGGGUUAUGGGAGGGAACUGUGGCUUCAAAGACCUGCUCAAUGUGACGCUCUCUCCUGGAGCAGAGAAGCGAGUUGCACUUAGGCUGAAUUACUCCAAAUAUGGUGGCCAGCUCACAGAGGACAACUUAAUCCGUCUGGCUGCUCUGCUGCUGGACUACUCCACUGGAGAGGCCACACUGGCUGUGAGGAACAUUGUUCUGGACAAUCCUGACAUCAAAGUUAGAAUCCUGGGUGAACCCAAGGAGAAUCGGAAGCUGGCUGCAGAAAUUACCGUCCAGAACCCUCUACCAGAACCACUGGAGAACUGCUGCUUCAGCAUCGAGGGGGCAAACCUCACUGGGGGUUGCGUCAUCUCUGAGAGGCUGGGCUGUACAGUGGGGCCUGGAGAAGAAGCCAAAGUUAAGAUCUACUUCACUCCCACUCAUGCCGGGCUGAGGAAGCUGGUCGUGGACUUCGAUAGUAACAAGCUGAGUCACGUCAAGGGUUACAGAAAUGUCAUAAUUGGGAAAUAA